AUGGGCCGAUUUGGCCUCUUAUGCGCCCCCGUCCUUUAUAAAUGUUCUACGCCUGGAGUUUCAACUGGUGAAGUAGUAGCCGGUUGGAGUGGAACAGGCGAUCGUUCUGACGCGAUCAACUAUGCAACGAGUGUUGUCUUCGACAAUAAUGGGACCAUGUUCAUUUGUGAUAGUACCGAACGUAGGGUGAAGCGAUGGUUUAAGGAUAAUGAGUACGGACAAACAAUUGUUGCUAAUAUUUCAUGCUUUGGACUCGCGCUUGAUAACGAAGGCUCGUUAUACAUCACUGAUCGCUAUAAUGUAAUAAAAUGGCCUAGUGGUGAAGUAGUAGCUGGUAACAACGGAGAAGGUGAUGCUCUGAAUCAACUUGCGUACCCGUUCCAUUUAUUCGUCGAUCGGAAUCGGUCAGUUUUCGUGCCAGACGCUUCCAAUUAUCGUGUGGUCAAAUGGAUCGUUGGCGCCAAAGAGGGCAUAGUCGUGGCUGGUGGUAAUGGGCUUGGAGAUGGAGCCAACCAGACGAAUUGGCCUACUUCAGCAAUUGCUGAUCAAAUGGGCACCGUUUAUGUUGCUGAAUGGGGCAAUCACAGAAUCACACGUUGGUUCAAGGACUCCAAAUCGGGUACUGUUAUUCUUGGUGGCGAAAGGGGAAAAGAAGCAUAUCAACUAGCAUUUCCGACAAGUCUAGUAUUUGACCGACAAGGAAAUUUGUACGUGGCCGAUCUUGAUAAUAAUCGAGUUCAAAAGUUCACAAUCGAUAAAAGUUCUUGUGGUGCAGGUGAAUAUAAAAAUUUGGCUAGUAAUUGA